AUGGUAAACUUCUCCUCGGCUAAUUCUACAAAUGCUACAAAUACAAUCAGUAGAGAAGGCGACAAAGCAGAUGUCCUUUCGGUGGCUGGUGCUAUAAAUGUAAUCAUCAUCAACACUAUCACUUGUCCCUUCACAGUUAUACUCAAUCUACUGGUGAUAAAAGCUGUAAAGUCGACGCCUCGACUUCGUACCAACAGCAACAUCUUGCUGGCCUGUUUAGCGGUGACUGACGCCUUAACUGGUCUCCUUGGCCAACCAUUGUUUGUCCUGUGGAAGAUCUUCCUAUUAUUCGGUCUCAGUGACAGUGGAACAGUUGAAAAUUGUUUUGCCACAACUGUAGUUGUGAUUCUAACAGCUUCAUACUUUCAUCUGAUGCUGGUUACUCUCGAGAGACUCCUUGCGAUCAAAUUUACGAUGCAAUACCCAAACUUUAUAACUGAUGAAAAAAUUAAGAGAGCAGUGUAA